AUGGACAAGGUGAAGGGAAAAGGUGAUGGGAACCAGAAAAAGCGGUUGGUGACUUCCUUGUUGGUUGUUGGGGGAUUUACUAUAUUCCUUCUGUACAACAAUGGGUUCUUUAGAAACCGUGAAAACAGUGGGGCUUCUUCUUUCGAAUAUGGUACCAAGUCUGUCAGGGCAUUUGGGUGGGGUAGUGAUGAAGAUAAUGACCAUCUCAGCAAACAAGAAGAAUUGCCUCUAUUUGGGCAAGAUGAGAGUCAGAGCAACUUCAUCCCCAAGAGCUUUCCAGUGAGUAUUCGGUUGGUCAACUUUUUCUUUCUUGUUUCAUGAUUAGUUUCGUUUACUAAUGGGGUAUGCUUCUGCUUUUUGCAGGUCUGUGAUGAUCGUCACUCCGAGUUGAUUCCCUGUCUAGAUAGAAAUCACAUAACUCAAAUGCGGUUGAAACUUGAUUUAUCUCUGAUGGAGCAUUAUGAGAGGCAUUGCCCUCUUCCUGAGAGGAGGUUUAAUUGCUUGAUACCCCCACCACAUGGAUACAAGGUCGUACUGUUAUGCUGCUUCUCACUUUUUAAAAAAAAAUUCAAUUUUCUUACAUGACAUUUAUUGUUUACGAUGUUGCUCAAUGGGUAAUACAUUUUUGACAGGUCCCAAUUAAAUGGCCGAAAAGUCGUGACGAAGUCUGGCAAGCAAAUAUACCUCACACCCACCUUGCACAUGAGAAGUCUGAUCAGAACUGGAUGGUUGUGAAAGGAGACAAAAUUGAAUUCCCUGGGGGAGGGACUCACUUCCACUACGGAGCUGACAAGUAUAUUGCAUCACUCGCUAACGUAAGUUUUGCCUCUGCUCUUUAAGAGAGUAAUGACGGGGGAAUUCUCUUCUUCUUAUUGAAAAUAAUUUUUAUAUUUCCGCUCUCUCUCUCGUCUUAAAUAAUUUAUUUGUCACCUGCUCCUUUCUGAAUGUGGUGCAUUCCUCGUCACCUUCCAGAUAUUUUCCUUUUUAUAACGUCUUAGAUUUGUUUAUAUAUUUAUUUUCUAAAGUCUGCAUUUCCUAGAGAAGUUAGUAGAUAAAAUUUCCAGAGUAAUUCUUAUAAUCUCGCUUGAACUGGAUCGACAGAUGCUCAACUUCACUGGCGAUAAUCUGAACAACGAAGGAAGAGUCAGGACCAUUCUCGAUGUUGGCUGUGGUGUAGCAAGUUUUGGAGGAUACCUCCUCUCCUCUGACAUCCUUGCAAUGUCUCUGGCACCCAACGAUGUGCACCAGAACCAGAUCCAGUUCGCCCUCGAGAGGGGAAUCCCAGCAUAUCUCGGAGUGCUGGGCACAAAGAGAUUGCCUUACCCUAGCAGGUCCUUUGAGCUUGCCCACUGUUCUCGUUGCAGGAUUGAUUGGCUGCAGAGAGACGGGAUCCUCCUGCUCGAGCUGGACAGGCUGCUGAGGCCGGGAGGGUACUUUGCCUACUCAUCCCCCGAAGCAUAUGCUACUGAUGAAGAAGAUCUUAGAAUCUGGAGGGAGAUGAGCGCCCUCGUCGAACGGAUGUGCUGGAAAAUCGCGGCCAAGAGGAAUCAAACUGUAAUCUGGGUCAAACCCUUGACCAAUGAUUGCUACAUGAACAGAGAACCGGGCACGCAGCCGCCUAUGUGCAAGUCCGAUGACGAUCCCGACUCCGUGUGGGGAGUCCCUAUGCAGGCUUGCAUCACCCCCUACCCUGCCGGUGAGUUUAUAAUACUCACUAAUUAUUAUGCUAAUUAUGGGUAGUUGUUUUUCUACACAAAUCUUCACUAUUUUUAAUGCUAAUUUCUAAUUGCAAAUCUGUCGUUGACCACCACCAUCAUCAUCAUCAUUUUCGCUACCAGAGACCCAGAGGGACAAGGGCAGUGGACUGGCCCCAUGGCCGGCAAGGUUGACCUCUCCUCCCCCUCGUCUCGCCAGUCUCGACAUCUCCAGUGAAACAUUCGAGAAGGACACGGUGAGUCAACUUAGAUCUCUUCUCUCUCUAGAAUCCAAAAAUUGUGCAUUUUUUUUUUAAAUUUUUUGGGAAAAACAGAAAGAAGAAUUGAGUCCGGUGUUCUUCCUUUGGUGGAUGGAAUGGUGCCGCAGGCAGUCUGGCAGAAGAGGGUGGACAAGUAUUGGGACCUGCUGAGCCCCAAGAUCAGCACCAACACCCUGAGGAACAUCAUGGACAUGCGAGCCCAUCUCGGCUCCUUCGCCGCCGCUCUUCGCCGCCGAGACGUCUGGGUCAUGAACGUCGUCCCUGAGGACGAGCAGCACCACCUCAAGGUCGUCUACGACCGCGGCCUCAUCGGCAGCGUCCACGACUGGUCAGCUCCCCCCCCCUCCCCCGUCUCUCUCUCUCUCUCUCUCUCUCUCUCUUACUUACUUUCUCUCUUCUUUCUUUCUUUCCUUCUUUCUUGGGGGGGCAGGUGCGAGGCGUACUCGACGUACCCUCGGACUUACGACCUGCUGCACGCGUGGGAGGUGGUAUCGGAGGUGGAGAAGAGGGGGUGCAGCCCCGAGGAUCUGCUGCUGGAGAUGGACAGGAUCCUCCGGCCCACGGGGUUCGCCCUCUUCAGGGACAAGAAGCCCGCGCUGGAGUUCGUCAACAAGUACCUGGCGGCGCUGCGCUGGGAGACCGUCGCCGCCGUCGGCGCCGACGCUGACCACGACCUGGCCGACGACGAGCUCAUCCUCCUCGUCCAGAAGUCCCGGGUCUCCGCUUAG